AUGCCUAACGCAGAGAGCCACAGGCUGUUUAUUAAGGACGGGCUGAUAGUGUACGUGACCAUGUACCACAAAGGCAUCAGGCAGACCAGCAAUGCCAAGGUCAUUUACCGCUACCUGCCGCGCGAAGUGGGCGAGCUGCUGUUCUACUACCUGUGGAUGGUCCUCCUGUUCUGGCAGAAGCUGGAGCGCGCAUCGAGCAGGCGCCACGUCCCAGAGCCCAGCGCCUUCCUAUGGGAGCCGAUUAGAGAGGAGACGUAG